AUGUGGUUUAGGGAUGACAUCCCAUACGAGUCGUUCACCGAUGCGGACAAACGCAGGAUUACUAUCAGGACAUCCAGCGACUGGUCCAUCGAUAUCACUAAAGCCAGACCCAGUGAUGUGGGGAACUGGAGGUGUCAGUCACCACGUAAUGCACAGGCAUUUAUGAUAAUUACUGUGCGAUCAAAGGCCUGGUUAUAUCCAUGGGAUGAAUACAAGUCUACUAACUAUUUAUCGACAACUCUAGUAGAAGGACAGGCAUUUCAUCAGAAAUGUCAGGUCAUUGAUGGCUAUACCAGAGAUGCCACUGUCCACUGGUAUAUGUAUAAUGAGAAUAAGGUAGUGCCAUCGGAUAGGUACUAUUAUGUGUGCAUGGCCAUAAAUGGUAUUAGUGCAACUAAUAACACGAUCUUUUUAAGGGUUAAAGGAAAAUGGAGUGCUUUGUGGCCAUUCAUAGGCAUUGUAUCGGAAUUUGUGAUUCUGUUUGCGAUUAUCUAUAUUACUGAGAGAUACAAAGUGGACAAGAGUGUGCUUGAUACCCACAAUAAUAGUGCUACCCUUCCCAUAGAAACUGAUACCGACAAUAAUAGUGUUACCCGUCCCAUAGAAACUGCUUUAUGAAUUAUGUGGUAUCAAUAAUUAACAUUAAGAAAAAGGAGACUAUCCCGGUCACUUUCUAAAGUAAUAUUAGGUGUGAAAGUAAAAUAAAUUGUGCACUUAAUAAUAAGUAUCCUUGAACAACGCUUAUAAUUCAAAAAUACCUUGGA